ACAGGGGGAACGACCUGUUUAGAUUGCUGUAGCCAUCAGCAAGAAAGGCACAUCUCAAGAUAUCUUGAGUGUCUGAUGCUCGCGCUCACUCAGCCCCACACUUACGAUGAAGUGGACAAAAUAUCAGCUCUUUCUCGCCGGGCUGAUGCUCACGACAGGCUCUCUAAACACACUCUCCGCAAAAUGGGCUGAUAUGUUCUCUGCACCUGGCUGUCAUGGCAGCCCAGAUCAUGACUUCUCUCACCCGUUUGUGCAGGCUGUGGGCAUGUUUUUGGGAGAGUUGUCCUGUCUCGUGGUGUUUUACAUUCUCCUAUGUCAUGACCGGCGACGACCCGAGCCCACUAUGGAUCCAGGCGAAAGUUUUAACCCACUGGUUUUCCUCCCUCCUGCUCUUUGUGAUAUGUUGGGAACAUCCAUCAUGUAUGUUGCACUUAACAUGACCAGCGCUUCCAGUUUCCAGAUGUUGCGAGGAGCUGUGAUCAUCUUCACUGGACUGCUAUCUGUAGCAUUUUUAGGACGCCGGCUGAAACCUAGCCAGUGGUUUGGGAUACUAAUCACCAUUCUUGGUCUGGUGGUGGUUGGACUGGCUGACUUUGUAAGCGGCCAUGGUGACGACUCCCAUAAACUUAGUGAAAUUAUCACAGGAGACCUUUUGAUCAUCAUGGCUCAGAUCAUUGUUGCUGUUCAGAUGGUCUUGGAGGAGAAGUUUGUUUACAAGCAUAAUGUGCAUCCACUCAAGGCUGUUGGGACUGAAGGUGUUUUUGGGUUUGUCAUCCUCUCUCUCCUCCUCAUCCCGAUGUUCUUCAUCCACGUGGGCAGUUUUGCAGAUAACCCUCGUCAGGUCCUUGAAGACACCCUUGACGCCUUCUGUCAGAUUGGUCACAAACCUCUCAUUUUGCUGGCACUUCUGGGCAACACCGUGAGCAUCGCCUUCUUUAACUUUGCUGGCAUCAGCGUGACCAAAGAGAUCAGCGCCACCACUCGCAUGGUGCUGGACAGUCUACGUACACUGGUCAUCUGGGUCGUGAGUUUAGCACUGGGUUGGGAGAAAUUCCAAGGCCUACAGAUUCUAGGCUUUAUUAUUUUGCUCUUGGGUACAGCAAUGUACAAUGGACUCCACAAGCCUUUGAUGGCCAAAAUGCCCUGCUUUGCAAGAGAGCAGAUAACAGAAGAAGGAAACGUCCCAGAGAGAGAGAGACUGCUGGGUGGAGAAAAGGCUGAGGAGAACUAAUACUGGACUUUGCAAUCAACACAAUUUUUUAGUUUUAACAGUUAUUUCCAUUUUAAGGGAGAAUCAGAUUUUAACAUUUUUUUAAAUAAGUGUUUGAAUUCACACUUGGGAGUCAUCACUACUUACUGCCUAAUGCCAUUAUUUUUGUUGGCAUGUGGUUAUUGAAAGGGACAGCAAUGCUUAGAUUUUACAAUGGUUUUAUGUGAAUUGUCACUUUUAAGAAAGGGAUUGAAGCCUUUUUUUCUUGAUUUAUAAUGCCAAAUAACAGAUAGAAUAACUAUAUUUGAAAGUUUUUAAUCCUGUGUUUUAUAGAUUUUACAUCGUGCUGUUGUUGGGAGCAAGCUGUUUCUCUAAACAUUAUUUUUUAAUUACAUGUGAAACGGGUAUCAUCAAGGAAGUCUUCUGUUAGUCUAUGUAUUUUUAAAAACAUGAGGAGAUGCCACUAAAUAUCAAAACACAAGGUUGCUGAAUCGCAGAACUGUGUAGUUUUUACUCUGUGUAUUAACCUGACAUCUGUUUCAUUUGAUAAAUCUUUCCUCUGCAAAUGAGUGUAAAUUCCUUACAUUGUUGAAGAAAACAUUUGUGUGCCGUGGAUGCAUUUGUUUAUGAUAAAUGAAAUGAACAUAAA